CCUCCCCGCCCCCGGCUCCGCAUCGCCGCGGCCGGAGCGCACGCCGCCCGCCCGAGGAUGCUCCGCGCUUUUGUUCCCCCGCCGCAGCCUUUGGGAGGACUCGCGUCCUGACUCGGUGGAGGUUCCUCUCCCUCUUCCCCCAGCCCCUCAUCCCUCCUCGGCGCGGCAGCCCACCCAGGAGGGCAUCGGUAUCAGCCCUCUCCGCUGCGCCGGGGAAGUUGCUGACAUGCCUGCCGCUGGGUCCCGGUGCAGCGGCAGCGGCGGGGAGCCGGAUUUAAAGGGGAAUUGUGCUGCAGACAAUGCACAGCAGCAGCAUCUGGAGCAGCCCUGGGGACCGGAGCUCCGGUUUUGACAUUGCUGCACACACAGCACCAGCCGCAAUGACAGCAGCUGCCUGGAGUGGCUGCAGGCAGCAGGCAGGAGCAUGAAGUAGAGAGAUCACUGCAGUGCUCAAGAUGAACUCCUCUUUGGUUGGCAACCAGAGUGGCCGACCCUUCUGCCUCCUGGCCAUUAGCUAUUUGGAGACCAUCAAUUUUUGCCUCCUGGAAGUGGUUAUUAUUGUGUUCCUCAUGGUGCUGAUUAUUUCGGGCAACAUUAUUGUGAUAUUUGUCUUUCACUGUGCACCUCUGCUGAACCACCACACCACCAGCUACUUCAUCCAGACUAUGGCGUAUGCUGACCUCCUGGUGGGCGUGAGCUGUCUGGUGCCUUCUUUGUCUCUGCUGCACUAUCCUAUUGUUUUAAGUGAGUCCUUGGUUUGCCAAAUCUUUGGUUAUGUGGUAUCAGUGCUGAAGAGCGUCUCCAUGGCCUCCCUGGCCUGCAUCAGCAUCGACAGAUACAUCGCCAUCACGAAGCCCCUGACCUACAACACUCUGGUUACCCCAUGGAGGCUGCGGAUCUGCAUCUUGACCAUUUGGCUCUACUCCUGCCUGGUCUUCUUGCCCUCCUUUCACUGGGGAAAGCCUGGAUAUCACGGGGAUGUGUUCCAGUGGUGCGCCAACUCCUGGAACACCGACCCCUAUUUCACCCUCUUCAUUGUGGUGAUGCUCUAUGCCCCGGCCGCUUUCAUCGUCUGCUUCACCUACUUCAACAUCUUCCGCAUCUGCCAGCAGCACACCAAGGAGAUCAACGAGCGGCGCGUGCGCUUCAGCUCGCAGGACGGGGAGGCUGGCGAGGCCCAGCCCUGCCCGGACAAGCGCUAUGCCAUGGUCCUCUUCCGCAUCACCAGUGUCUUCUACAUCCUCUGGUUGCCCUACAUCAUCUAUUUCCUGCUGGAGAGCUCCAACGUCUACAGUAACCGCGUCGCGUCCUUCUUGACCACUUGGCUUGCCAUUAGCAACAGUUUCUGCAACUGUGUCAUUUACAGUCUCUCCAACAGUGUCUUUCAGAAGGGGCUGAAGCGUCUCUCGGGGGCCAUCUGUGCCUCCUGUGCUAGACAGAGGGUAGCUAAGGACUCCUCUACCUCUAGGAGCAAAAGAUCUUCCAAUGGAUGUCAUGUCUAGGACGCCCAUCAGCUGGACUGGGAAGUGCAGGGACAAUUGCAUAGAUUGCAAAAUAACUUAGAUCCGAUUUUAAGAUACCCAGAUUUGCAAAAAGGUUUCUGAGAAAUGCUGCUGACAUAGAAGGAUCCGGAGCACAUAGCGUUGUGGUUUCGCUUUAAAAAAUGAUUGCUGUGGAGGAGGCUGUGGAGUUUCACCUCCACAUUCAUUUUAAAGAAUAAAGCUGUAUCUUGACACUUACCUCUCCAGCUGGUGUGACUGAAUGGAGUGGGUGUCUGAGAGCUUCGGCAAAAUGUAGUCUUUCUUACAGCUUUACUGGGUUCUUUGGAGAUUCGUGCUUCACAUGUAAAUGAUAGAUCUGAAGUGGAAAUGUCACAGUCUAUGGUAUAUUACAGGGAUUUUUUUAAUAUAUGCCAAAGUAUAUUGACACAAUGUUCCAGCGUCAGAACAGAAGGGGCCAAACAAUUUGUUUUUCAGUGCUACCUAGACAGGACUUGUAGAACAGGAGUGAACAAUGUGAACAUUUCAGUGUGAACUCUGUUAAUGAGCCGUGGGUGCAGCGAUGUGGUCUGGGCAGUCUCACUCCUAGGGCUGAUCUGGCUCCCGUGCCCCGUUUCCCUGGUAGGAUGCAUGUUUGGAUCUGAGUGCGGCAUCUGCGUUUUCCUGUUUGUUGUGAAGUAAGAAGAAAAACUUGGAUCAGACCAAAUUUAGCAGUUAAAUAAAAUGUGUUUUGAUAAGCUAAGAGAAAAUACGUGUUGCUUUAUGAUACCAGAAUUGUGGCAGCCACUCAAGGAUGAUGCCAACAUGUGAAAAUUGUUCUCAAACCAGUGGAGAAAUGCCACGGGUUUGUAUGUGGAAAUUUUCUCAAGAACAACUUUAAAAAUAACAUGUCCCCUUUUUUUUUUUUUUAAUCUAAAUUCUUCUGAUAUUUUACAUACUGGAACUUAAGGGGAAAGGAAAGAAAACAAUUGUCUUCUAAACAGCUAAGGGAACUAUGUUGUAAAUUUAACUGUAGUAUUUGAGUUAUUCAUAAGUGCACAGAGCUAAAUCAGAGACAUUUUUCUUUAGCCUUCAUGGGAUUAAAGAUGGUUCAAAUAUAGCAGGAGCUAAAUCCUGCUGGCAAAAGCAUAUCUAACUGGUCAGACAAAGGCAAUAUCUGAGGAACCAAAUCUCAUUGACCACAGCUUGUUCAAGCUAGCCUAGAUUAAAUGUUUUGAGUACUGUCAUGCUGUUAAGAAGGCAGAACGGCCCUCAAAUUGUUGAGUUUUUCCUAAAGAAUAUCCUUGUCUUUUUACUAUGCCAUUUUGGAAAUGAAAGUGAAGCAAGUAUUCCUGUAGUGGUGGAUUGCAGUGUCCCUGGUGCAGGGCUGUCCCUCUGUCUCUCCUGCUCUGAGAGGAGGUUGUGCCCCCAACCAUCUGCCCUCUGUGCCUCUCCUUGUGCUUCCCGUCACUGCCUUGGGCUGCUGAGUGGGGAAUUCCCUGAGCUCCUCUGGUACAGCUGGUGUGCUCUUAGUCACAGUGGGAAUGAAAAAAAGGGAAAAUAAUGUGAUAUUUUUAGAAUUGGGGUAAUUCUCUUGGCCAAAAGGAAGGCUUUGUUUUUGUUAAAUCGUUUCAAGUCUGUGUUGUUCUAGAUCAAGAUCGUAUUUUUAAUACUCUGCCCUGUCCCUCCUGCAAACUCCCCCCUCCUCUCUGGUGUGCUGUGAGCCCUGGCCUCUCCUCUCUCUGCCUUGCCCUGGGGGAUAGCAGCUUGUCUCUGCCCCAUCACAUGCCACGAUUGCUACAGCCCGGCCCUGCUGCCCAUCCACAUUUGCUCCAGUACAGUCUCGUGGGGCUGCCAGUGAGGAAAUGGGGAAGGAGAGAGAGAGCAGCAGGAUGAAGCAUUCCUGGCAUGGCAUGUAUUUGUCAGCACUCAGUGCUGGUACACUUGAGUUCCUCUCCUGGAUGUGUGUGUACCUGUUCAGGGGGGAAUGGGGCAGAGCCCCCUGCUACUGCUGCCUCCUUCUGUUGGAGGGCCCUGGGGCAAAGCACUUAAGUGGCAUCUUGAUCAGCUUCCAGCUAUUUCAUCCAUAGUCAGUCCAAAGCUCUCAAGAUAAACAUCCUCUUCAGUUCAUCUGAAAUUUUAAGAGCACAGGUUGUCUAAACCCUGCUGCCUUCACGCCACCAUUUCUUGCAGUCUGUAGUGAGGAGCAGAGGGGCUGUGCUGGCUCCUGGCAGACGCACCUGGGGCUUUGCUGGGCAGAGCCCUGCAGUGGGAAUUUGGGUUAGACACAGACAGCCAUGGUGGGGAGCACAGACCUGCAGUGGGGAAAGAAGUGGGAUAAUAAGCUCCUGCACCUCCUGGCUGAUUGUCUCGAGUGCUCUGUGGGUGUGAUGGCAAAGGUGGGCUUUGGGGAGCAACUCAAGGGCUUUAGUCACUAAUAUCAAAGUGUGUGUGUGGUAUUUUUGGAACAGCCUCUCAGGUAAACUCCCCGUAGCCUUUCUCUGACUCUUCACCUUAUCUAACAUUUCCAAGUCUUUGAAAUGAUGCAGUGUAUCACUGAAAUAGCAUUUGAUUGAGCUUAAUAGAAGAGAAGAAUCUGCUGGGGCCUAAAACCCUCGAAAUGGCAGUUUUGGGUUUAAGGGGAAGCUGCAAAGCAAAGAUUGUUGCUUUUAGAGUUUUUAAUGGCUAAAUAGAGGGUUUAAAUAGGAGCAUUGUGUGCUAGUUUUUGAAAAGUUUGAAAGUUUUUGAAAGCGGUGAGGGGUCUAAAUCAUGGCAUAGAGAUUUAACUGGAGCUGAAGCAGUUGCUCCUUCAGCCCUGAGCCUGGAAUUGCACUUGGAGCACGGUGGCUGAUCCAGAUGCAGAUGCAUUCUUGCAGCUGUUGCUGCUUUGCAGCAAAGGUUCAGUUCUAACAUUCCUGACAGCCAGGCUGUUUUCAGUUGCCUUACUCAUCUCCAAGUCUUCCUCAGCUCAGACAUUUCCUCUAAGAGGUGAAAAUCAGAAUCUGGAAGUCUCCAAGAGAUAAGGAUGAAGAGGAGUUGCAGCCAAUUGAUGCAUUCAAGUUUCAUCUACUGUACAGACACUUUUAGUGUUGCCUCAUUAGCUUGGUUUUAGUGUCAAAUAUUUCUCUUUUUGUCUCUGUUAAUUUAUUGAUAUUUUAAAAAUUUAAAUUACCUUUUUUGCCUCUUAAUUUAACAUUGAUGUAGUAUGUGUAGUAUGUGUUUAGGUGUUUUAAAUAUUUAUAGCAUUUGGGUCUGUUGUCUUCAGUGAAAUUGCAGGGGAUGAAUUCUGUUCACUGUGCCAAUGGUGGGAAAAAUAAUUUUGACAAACAUGACUUUGUUUCUCAGCAGAGCAUUGAACACCUUUUGUCAUGCACCCAACAUAGGCACAGGGGUCCUUGCUAGGAAUGGUCAGGCAGCAAAUUUUCCAGCUGUAUCAUUUUCAUCCUCCACAUCUGAAAUGAAUCCACCUCUGGCUCUGUUUGUGUCUGGGUGCUUUGGAAAUCAGUGGUGAGAGCAUUGCACAGAUGAAUGCCACACUGAGGAGAGGACAGAAAUCAAAUUGCAUCUUCAUAAAAAUGGGGCUGUGAUGUGAUUAAAUGAACUAAUUUUGAACUUCCAUCUCAGACUAUAAAUUUAUUUUUUAUUAGAGUUAUCUGCCUCACUUUCAAAUUAAGCUGCUGGAAGGUUCAAUUUGCAAGAUGCAAUUCAGUGGCUUUUUUUAGUGCCAUGGGAAGGAUUUCUAUACUCACAGCUUCUCAGAAGAUGGUAAUUUGCUUCAUGUAGAAGUCCUUUUUUAUUUUUUUUUAAGAUUACUGGAAGUUUAGGUUGUGAUUAUGUUGUCAUUUUCCAAAUAUACUGGGAAAAUAGCUGUGAAAUAUUAUUUUUUUAUUAUCUCAAUCAAGGGAUAGUAUUUUUAAACUCAGCAGAAAUCUUCUGUGUCAAACAAAAGUUUUGCUAUUAUCUACUGUUAAUUUUUUUAUUAAAUGUUACCAGUUUCUACAGUCUUUAUUUGUUUUUGGGGAGUUUGUUUUUAGGCUUUUUAUCACUCAGAAAUACGUUUCUACUACUUGGAAUUCUGACAUGGCUCAGUGUCAGAGUGCCAAGGGGCAGUUUUGGAUAUUUGUCACCAGUCUUUGACAGGAAGAAGGGUACAAAGUACUGAGGCACAGAGAAUUGCAGGAGACAGAGAAUUCCCAAUGGCAUUGUUCCCUCCCUCUCAUAUAAACACUUUAUGUGUGAGAACCCUAAAUUUCAGUUUGUCUCUUCUGAAAAAAGACACUUCCAAGGCCUGGAUGUGAUAUGAGAGGGAAACAUUCAUUGUGCAAAUUUAACAUGGAGAUUUUUUGCUAUUUAUCAUGGUGUUCCCAAGUGCUGUGAUUAUCAAGGCAGUAACUCCAUGAGUCAGGAAGUCUGAAAUUUCAGUCUGAUCUUACUUCACAUCAGGGUCUGAAGUUGACAGAACUUCUAAGUGAGGUUGGUGCUUUAAAAAAUAUUUCUUAGGAACCAGUGUGUGAGCACAUGAAUCUGCCUUCAGACUGUACAAACAAAAGACCCUUCUAAAAAUUUUCCAAUUAAUCUAUUUUAGAUGAUUUAAUAAUAGGAGGUGGAGGUUUUGGAAGGCUUUUUUGUUGUUGUUUUAGCACAUGUUUGGUUCUGAGUUUUUGAAGCACCUGCUGAAACUUUUGCCUGACUUGGCCCUUAUUUUGUUGUUUGGUUUAGAAAAGCUUCUUCUUCCCUUCCAUAACUUUGUGGAAUACAGCACAUCCUUCCCCUGGUGUCAUUCAAGAUAAAACUCAGAUUUUAAUCCAAGUUUAUCCAAAUGUUAUCUUUAGUAUUCCCUAUACAGUGAGUGCUGUUGUGUGUAUGGGGCUGUGGUCAGGCCAGAGCUGGGGUGGCUGCAGCUGGUCAGGUUUUACAAAUGUCUCCAUCAAAGCAAACAGCCCCUCUUGGGGUGGUGGGAGAAUGUCCCACCCAUUUUCACUGCAGAGAAAUGUGUUCUCCUGCCUUCUGAGCUGAUGUCUUACUUCCAGUUGGUAUUUCCAUUAUUGUCUGUGCUUUGCAGAGGUACUGCUUCGAAAGAAGUUUCUGCACAUAAGCAAAGACAUUUAAUAAAGUUAUGGUUUUGGGAGGGGAUAGGUCUUCAGAUUUUAAAUUUAGCAAGUGUAGGACCAGGUGCUGUUGUGUUCAGAGAAAGAAACUGAAAGUCUGAAAGUUGUGGCUGAUGGGAACAAAGAGAGGAAACGUGCUGGAGAUGGGUCAGAACAAUGGGGUAUUUAAUGUGAGUCAUUUUCUUUACAAUGCACACUUUUAAAUAUGGAGUUCAACCUUCUUGCUUUGGCUUUGCUGCUCCCUGGAGGCAGCUCCUCUGAGCCUGAGGUCCCCCACACCCAGCCCAAAGGAUUCCCUGCAGACCUGAGGUGAUGAUCAGCUCCUCAUUUGAGCUCAGGUCAUGUCAGUCCCUGUCACUGUUGCCUGUCUGAGGUGUUCCAGGACAGGGAGUUAAUCUGAUGGGAUAUACUUUGUUUGGUCAGCUUGUCAGUUUUUUUCCCUGUGACAUUGCUUUCUAGACAGGUGAAAUGUUUGUUUAUGGAGGCAGCUUCCCUGAGCUGAUCACAGGAUGUGCAGGCUCUGCUCCAGGAGAGCCCAAGAGGCAGCAGGUCCCUGUGGGACAGACCUGUUGGUGGGUUGGUAACCAGCAGCUUUAUUGUCUGAGAGGUUGUAGGAAGUGCUGAGUGGAUGCACAUUGCAUUAGAUGAUGUUUAGAGUAGGGCUUUAGAGAGACACCCAUGUUUGGAAGGAGGGGAUUGGGGAAGGCUCCCCCUGCCUGGGUGUGAGGCCUGAGCUGCAGCCCAGGGGGCUGGGACAGAGCAGUCCUGACUCUCUGUUCUGACUUCCAUUUAUGAAUUUGUAAGAUGAGGACAGCAAUUUUGUAAUUCAAAGCUUUGGCUUCUUUCUGAUGGUCAUUACUGGAGAUCCUUCCAUUAAAAGGUGAAAUAAAUUCAAGUGGCUCCUCAUAAAGAUGAACUCAAAUCUUGCUGUGCAUAUGCGAGUCAUUUUCAGUGUCACACAGACCACGUGAACCAAGCAAUCAAAUGCUUAAUAAACCAAGUCAUUACUUUUAUGGUAAAUUGAAAAAAGUUCUUCUGGGAUUUCAGCUGUAAAUGAAUCCUUGAAAAUCAAUAAUUAGAUUAGUAAAGGAUGACGUUUUAAUAUGCUGGCAGGAAUAUAGAGGGAUUUGUCAGGGGAAGCAAAACCAGACUUUGCACUAAAGUGGCUUAAGUAUAUUUAUAGUGCUAGUGAUUCUGUGUGUGUGUGGGAUCUUUGGACUAUUUUAAUAUAAUGUAAGGCUUUGAGCUUUAGCGAACUCAAGUUGCUUGUUUUAUGAAGUUACAUUAGUACCACACUGUGAAGUAUUUUUAAAUAUUAGCAUUACUGAAUAUGAGAAGUAUUUCAUAAAAACAUUUUUUAAAACGUUUUCUGUAGAUGCUGUCGAAUGAAUUGAUGUUUAGUGUACAAAGAAAUAAAACCUGAGGGCUGUAAGGUACCUGUAUGUUUCUGAUCAACUCGGUUUUUGAGGGGUUAGGUAUUUCUUGAGGUUAAAUUGUCAUUAAAACCUACUAAAAAUACUGGUGCAGUUAAUCCUUUCAGAGAACAGAAAGCAGCAUUACCUCCAGCCACGCUUUUGAACUGUCUGAAAGGAUUUGCAAUCGUUGUAUUGUCUUGACAGACUCAUGUCUUUAGAAAUGCCGUACAGCACAGUCUUUUGCAAGUUCCUAUGCUGAUACAUUUCUCUCCAUAUGUAACCUUUGAAAUCUAGUUUCUAUUGUAAUUCUAGCAUGUAAACACUAGAUUCAAUUUUGUAUUCCUCUAAUGAAUGCAACAGGAUGGAAACACGUUUGCAAUUGCUAAUGAUGAGCUUUUUUACUGUUCUUAAUACUCGUGGGUAUGUCUUUUCUUCAGGGAUUUCAGAAUUGUAUUCGUACCUUUUUAAAUUGUUUUUUUCACAUGCUGUUUACAAUUAAACCACGAGCAUGGGAGGCUGUGCGUGCAUGUGCUUUUAGGUUGCUUUGCUGAAUGAAAUGCAGUGGAGUGAUCUUACUUUAAAGCCUCUCUGUUGUCCAGAGAGGUUGUGGCUGCCCCUGGAUCCCUGGCAGUGCCCAAGGCCAGGCUGGACAGGGCUUGGAGCAGCCUGGGAGAGUGGAAGGUGUCCCUGCCAUGGCAGGGGUGGCAUUGGAUGGACUUUAAGGUCCAUUCCAACCCAAACCAUUCCAUGGCUCUGUGAUGCUCGUUUUUCCCUGUGUCCCUCCUGUCUCCUUGCACCUUUCACAGUACCUGGUACAGCAGAAGCCACCAGUGGGCUUAUUCUGGUGUGUCCUGUGGAGAUCUGACAUUGUCAGAGGUUGUUUUAAGGAGUUUUGUUUGGGAGACAAUCCAGCUCCUUACACAAGCAGUGUUCCAACUGAUAGUUUUUUCCUGAAUAUCAGUGAAAAGGUCAAGAGUAGAUGAAAUCAUAGGUGAGAAUGUGUAUGUGUGUGUUUGUAAGAACUUUGUGCACCUUUUAAUGCUGGAAAUCGUUUUGUAUUAAAAGAUGAGAAAGAGCUGUGAGUGUGGAGGCCCCGGUAGGAAGAGCUGUGGGGAAGGCUGCCCCAAAGCAGAUUAGAAAAGCAGACAGGUGAAUCAGAGGCAGGCUGACCCUCGAGACUCUGAUUCUGAUUUAGUUCUGACACAGUGGGGACUGUCUGGGGGGGUUCCUCGAUGCUCCUUGGCUCUGCUGGGUCUGCUCUGCCUCAGACAAGGGAAGGGUGUUCUCAUGCACGAGGCAGCUGAGGGAGAGUUAUGCUGGGGCUCCAGAAUUACCUGUUUUGUGCCAACUCAGAGCUGUUGUUGAAGUACAGGGGAGAGGGGUUCUUCUGCCCCAUGGUUUUGAUAGACAUUUCUGUAGCUGAUUUUUCAACUAAGACUAAUAAUAAGAAAAACUACAGUUGAGCCAAAAAUGACAAAUGUUACUGACUUAAAAUAAUACUUGGAUAUUUUUAAUUAUUAAAUGGAAUUAGAUAAAUCGGAAGCAUGUAAAUAUCUGAUUCUGAAUCUUUGCAUUGUUAUUUCCGAGAGGUAAUUUUGCUAAGAGCUAUUAAAACUCCAAGAAAUGUAUUAUUCCCUUUUGAGAUGGUGUGUACCCCAGCUGUGUCAUACAUCUCUUGGCUUGUUUCCUUUUUGCUGUAGAUGUACAUACAUAUAUAUAUUUGUGUGCUGUGCAGUUGUACAGUCACUGACCUGCUAAAUUGAUUGCUUUCCAAUGAGUAUAUCUGUGUGUUUUACAUGUGUGUGUAUGUAUCCCCAAACAAGCAGUUUAACAGGGCAGUGGUUGUACACUCACAGAGUUUAGGGCUUUGUACAAUAUGUAAUUUUAAGAAUGUCAAUGUGGUUCUUAGCGGAUUUUAUAAACACUUUUCUGAAUCUGUUAUCAGCACUUCCCAUCCUACCAGAAACUGCACAUUUUUCAAUGAUUGUUCCACUGGUUACAUUUUUGUCUGCCAUUUGUUCUGGAUUGAUGUAAUCUUGAUACUACUAAAAUUUCAAGGGCUGUUGACGCAUUUCACAUAGCCUGGGAUUGCCUGUUCUCCAAAUAUAUGGAUCAUGCAUCAACAGUACUAAGUAGCCUUACUGUUUUGCCUAAAAGCCUAGCUAAUUUAUUUAAUAUUCUCUCUUUAAAGAGAGGUCUCUGGAAGGGGUGGCAUAUUUUAGGGUGCUCCUUCUCUUUAAAGGGAAACUCGGAAUUAACUAGCAGUACUUGUUGAUCAGUGAUAUUAUUGUAGCCAAAGGAUGCAUGGGUGGUUUAAUAGGAAGUUUUUGCUUCAAGUUUCUUGAUGAAAUGUAGUGUUCUACAGAGCUGUGUGAAGAGUGUAGUUUUUUAUUCUGAAAUGCACUUGUACACUUUAUUUGAAAGGUCUGAAUGGAUCAUAAAUACAUUUAAGAAAUAAAUGAUAAUGUCACAUGUUUUCACGGCUUGUCUCAGGUGACUU